AUGCCCGCACAUUCCCAACAAAUUAUGUCCAGCAAUACCGGUCGUCUUCCAAUUCUCGCCCUCGCUGUAAUCGGGAAAAAGGGCCAACCACUAUACGUACGAAACUUUGCGUCCCCAUCGGGCGGCGAUGCUGAUCUCAAGUGGCACUAUGCAGCUCAUGUGAGCUUAGACGUUUUUGAUGAACGAGAUGCAUUACCUACAACGUUGGUGGACUGUUACUUUGGUCUAUUGUAUGCGAUGGAAGAUUACGCAUGCUAUGGCUAUCAAUCAAACACGAGAAUCAGAUUCGUUUUGUGUUUACCGAUGAAAGACACCUUAAUUAAAGAUACUGAAGUCAAACUGGUGUUCAAAUCUUUACAUGCCGCGUACAUUCAACAUAUAUGCAAUCCAUUUCAUCAAAUCCCGAUCGAUAAUCCUAAUCCCAAUGCCACUACUCCAACAAUCAAGAGCAAAGCCUUCGAUCAACAGAUCAACCGAAUUGUUGGUCUAUAA